AUGCUACAGACUUCUAUUAUCAUCAGUUCUACUCCCUCUUAUAUUGAAAGAUUUUCUCCAUUCAUUUGUGCAUGUCCUAUCUGCCCAUGUAUUACAUGUUUAUAACCUUGUGAAUAAGCAAAUGAAUAUAGUAUUAUUUAUUGUGAAGAUGAUUGGUCUAAUUGGGGUUAAGUUCAUUUUGAAGUCAAAGAAGUCUCCAAAUUUAUGUAAAGGUAAAUUAAUUAUUUUUAAAAAAGAGAUUUAUUUGUCCUCCAUCUAAACGCUCACUUGAACUUGUAGAUUAAAGAAAAUUUUCUGAAGUUCAUAUUAAAGUAGAAAAACCAUAUAAAUUCUCUAUUUUAUGUUUCCAAAGACCAGAAAUGUUAAUUUAUUAAAGAGGAUAAUAUAUUGGAAAAGUGAUGGAAGAACUUUAAUGGACAUGGAUCAAAUGUACAUUUUAUAAAGUAUGUACUUUCUCAAAUUGCAAUAGCUAACAUGUUUUGAUAAAAACAAUGCUUUACUAUAUACUAUUAGUGCUAGUUGUUGUUAGCCAGGAUUAUUUUGUAUGUUACCAUGUUAAUCUUGUGCAGAAAUUGAGUUUUAAAUAAAAGAUCGAAACAAUUAAAAAGUGGGUAAGAUUUGCCAUUUAUUUGGUGGUUUUCGUAGAGAAUGGUGUACUAAAUCAGAUACAUAUGGAAUAAAUUUUCCUGAAUUUGCCACUAUUGAAGAGAAAAUUAUUCUUAUCAUGGCUGGCAUAUUUAUUGAUUAUGCACAGUUUUAAAAUUAUUGAAAUUCGU